AUGGACGUGUUUUUGAUGGUUCGCCGCCACAAGACCACCAUGUUCAUCAACGCCAAGGAGUCGAGCACCGUCCUGGAGCUGAAGCUUAUGAUCGAGGGCAUCCUUCAGCAUCCGCCUGAGGAGCAGCGCCUCUACAAGGACGGCCAGCUCCUGGACGACGACAACAUGACGCUCCUCGAGUGCGGCUUCACCAGCGAGACGGCCACUCCGCAUGACCCGGCCACGGUGGGGCUGGCCUUCAUUCACGUAGUCGUGGGAGGGUGUCGGGCAGGUGCGGGCCCAGGGCAUGCUGGGAUAGGCAUGCAGGAUGCCGGGAACAAUGGUCACGCAUGUGCGUCAUUGGCACGCUAG